AUGUCUCCGCUUCCUAAAGGCAAAUCUGGCUUCCAAAAACUAAAAGAAAGAAAAGAAAGGGUGACAGCCCAACAGAAGCAGCUUCAGGCUCAGCAGCCAUGUCUCCCAAUCCCCAUACCCCUGAACCAGCCCUACUCCCAACUGAAGAAGGAGGUGGGCAGCAUUGUGUUGAAUGACAUGUCAGUUGGCAUAAUUGCAGGUUAUGGAGAGAUCUAUCCGGUGACCCUGAAUGGUAAGGUGGUCUGUAUCCUGUAUGCCAUGGUGGGUAUCCCCCUCAUGCUCCUGGUCAUCACAGAUGUGGGAGACCUCAUGGCCGUGCUCCUGUCCAGGGCCUACAUCCACCUGCACACUCUUUUCUGCAGGUUGCGUCAAUAUGGCCGCUGGUUCCGCUCCCAUCACACAGAGAAGUCAGGGGACGGGGGCCAGGGGGACCGCCAGGACGGAACCUACACAUUCAGCCACAAGGUGAUCGUCCAGGAGCCCAUCGACAUCCGACAGGUCCUUCACAGCCAGCAGUCUGUGAAGUGCAAGUCCAACCAGUUGCUGAACAACACAAAGAUCUUUGACUGCAUCAUUGCACAGGAGAACUUCAACAGGCAGGGCCCACUGGUGCGGAGCCUUUCUUGCCAUGAGCUUGACAGCAUGCCUCCCUUGCCCAAGGACUUUGCCAUCUGGGACUUCACAGGCAUCGGGGAGAGUAUGGACAAGCUAAACGUCCCGCUGCUCCUCAUCCUGGUGGUGGUGUUUACCUACAUCCUGUUUGGAGGCCUCAUCCUGCCCCUGUGGGAGACAGAGUUCAACACCUUUGACGCCUACUACUUUUGCUUCAUCACCCUCACCACCAUUGGCUUCGGUGACAUCGUGCCCAACCACCCCAAGUUCUUCAUGCUCACCUUCAUCUUCAUCAUCACGGGCAUGGCCAUCAUGUCCAUGGCCUUCAAGCUGGGCCAGUCAUGCAUUGUCAGCUGUUACCGCCAGUGCAUGCGCUGUAUCAGCGGGGGGGAAGGUGAAGAGGUAUGACGAGUUGGAGAGCGACUGAAUCAAAGAGUUUUGGCCCCCAUCGGGCAGCUCAAGGGUUCUAGGGUUAUAAGGCCCUGCACUGUGGGUCAAAAAAGCACUAAGAGUGGAGUUGAAGUUCUGUACGGCUGACUUGUGAACAGUGUCUAGCUCAGGGCGGUGCAAAGAUAACCCUUGAGUUGACCCCUCAUCAUUAGCAUGAGCAAAUGAAAAUGUGCAUGUGGACAAUGCUUAAAGACAUCCUCCAGUGAUUUUUAAAUGUCCUGUUGAAAAGUGAUAUCCCAAGUAUAAAUACAGUAAAGUACACACACUCAAGGGUAAAACCAAAAGGUUUUGAGGAAAAUUGUGUUUUUUAGACACAAUUACAAACUUCAAGGAAUAGGGCAUUCAAGGAGUUGGUCAGAUGGGAAGU